CAACAGCGAUGUCGCCUUGGGAACAUCGCUGUUCAAGUUGAAUUUUUCAAAAAAAAUAUCCGUUGGGCACUGAAUUAAAUGCUCCAACAGCCAUAUUUUUGAUAAUCUGGUCGUUCGGAACCCCUUUCCCUGUAUAUUGGGACCCUCUCUCUUCACUUCUACACACACAAACACAAAUCUCUUCAAUCUUCAAGCAAAUAUCAUCUUCUCUACACUUUUUUUUGAGAUCUAUUCAUCCAUGGGCAAAGACAAGAGUAGAGCAGGAACAUCCGGGAAAUCAAAGGCCAAAUCUCGGGCUCCUAUGACGACCUCCGAGGAACGCCUCUACUACGGCGAUGGGUCGUACCUCUGGUUUGAUUCCAAGGAGGAGCGCACCCGCUUUCUCACCUUCUUCUCUAAACGAGUUGUGGCUCCCCCGCGAAUUUUCCCGGAGCGUUUACCGGAGCUGCUAGGCUACAUUUUUCUCGAUGCGCAGCUCCACCAGACCGGGUUAUGUCCGUUCGUCUCCCGGGCUCGGAAGGAGAUCAACCCGGCGCUGAUUCGGGUGUUCUACUCCAACCUCCGGCAUGAGGACGACGUGCUCUACACCCUCGUCAAGAGCAUGCUGAUCGAGCUCACUGUUGAGCAGCUUGGGCGCAUCGCCGGCCUCCUCUACCAAGGUGACGACAUCUCCAACUACAGCGGAGAAGAUUGGGUCCUUAACAACGAGGGCCUAGUUCUCAACGAGCUUGGCAUCACCGAGCUCAUCCGCCAUCCCAUGAGCCGCCCCACCAUCCAUUCCGCGACCCCCGAGAGCCGCCUCCUUCUCUACAUCGUGUCUCGGAUCAUCAAGCCCCGGAAGCAUAGGCACACGAUCAUGUCCGACGAGGAUCUCAAGCUCCUUCACGCCAUCAUGCAUUCAGAGCCGAUCAAUUGGGCGAAGUUCGUCAUGAUCUACAUGACGGACGCCUCGUCUACCGCCCACGAUCACCUCUUCCCGUACCCCUUCUUGGUGAUGGACAUCCUUGAACGGUUCAAGGUCACCACCACCGUUGGCCCGCUCACAAAGGCCACGAAGCUUUGGACGAUCAGCGCCCAAACCUUCACGAAGCGGUCGGACAACGCCGCACCUGCCACUUUCGCGCCACGCCGCACUGCCGAUGGCCCAGCCGAACCCCAGGCCCGGGCCAACCUUGCCUCCAUCGCUUACUCCCUCAACCGGCUGCACUUCAAAGUUGACGGGAUGGACGGGUACCUUGAACGGCUUGACGAGGCUGUUCAACGCCAAGGGCAUGCCAUGAACGCAUACUUUCAAGGCGUCAACUACGUCCCCCCACUGUACCAACGCGUCAACUACGUCCGUCAAGCUCCCCGGACGAGGAUGAGUUCGACGACGCCAUUAACGGGGGAAGAAAAGGGCUAUGCAUAUCCUAAGGGGGAACGUUUCUAAAAACGGGAUCGUUUGAUCUUAAAACGACUAUUUGCUUUUAAGCACAAACUAAGGGGGAACUUUUUCACACAUUUUUUUUGAAAAUCAAAUAUCCCUUAGUAUGCAUAUUCCCGUCUUGUUCUCCAUCAUCAAAAAGGGGGAAAUUGUUGGAACACGGGUUUACGCCUAUGUCGUACUAAACCGUGUUCGUUUUAUGACAGGUUUUGAUAAUGUCAAACCUCCGUGAUAACAAUAUUAAACUGAGCAAAUCAAA